AUGAAGCUUCUUGCAUUCCUCCUUUCUACUGCGGCUGUCACCUUGGCCGCACCGGCCCUCGAAACCCGUCAAUUUGAAGACAUCAUCUUCCCCGCGGGAACCUACAGACGCUGGGUCCAGAGCGACAAGAUCAUCCAAGACCCUCAGGAUCAGCUUCUGAUCGUCAAGAACGGCAAGGCUACGGACGAGACAACCACCAUCGUCACGUUCAACUUCGACCAAAGCACAGAAGGCAAGACCUGCGAGCUCAUCUUUGAGCUCUGGGAUCGAGAUGUCUCUACAGGCACACAGACUCUCGACGUUUUCACCUGGUCGGAUCCCCCAAGCGGUCUUCAAACAUUCUCCGUUGCCGAUAUUGCUGAGUGGGCAGAAGCCAAGAGCAGAGACAACCAUGUCGGCCGGAUUUCGGUCCCGAAGCCAGGGAAUGCUACCUGGAUUAUGGCCUAUCAGGGGUGGCCAAAGAUCCCUUGUCCAGCUGGGCAGCUCAUCGGUGUUGAGUAUGUCGGUGUUGGUGAUCGUGUGGAGAUUGAAUCCGAGUUGCCAUCCAGGGACUGUGUUCUUUCAUUAACAUCUCUUAAUAACGAGUAUGGCGGCAUGAAGCUUUGGGCAUACAACAAGAAUGGGUUAAGCCUGAAGGGCACCGUUGCUUGCGAAUCGCACUCUUCCAAGGCAUCUUAUCGCGCCUGA